AUGCCGCGGAUUGACUUUACAUUCUUACCAUCGAUCAGGGGGCAGUACAACUUGGCAAAGAAGAACUCCCGUCUCGUGCAAAUCGUCCUCCUCGACAAGACAAGCCUCGACUGGCCAUUAGAUGGGAAACCAACUGGCCUGGACUGCAUCCAGUACAUCCAGGCGAAACUAAACUUCACGGAAACAAAAUAUUUCGGGCUGAAAGUCGUACCAAGAUCGACGAAAAACGAACACAAAAGUCCCCGAUGGAUCGACUUGAACAAACCUCUCAAAAGACAGCUCUCAAAUGCUGGAACGAAUGUCCUUUACCUGCGAUUUAUGUUUUACGUCGCGAGUCCGUUAAUUUUCGAGGAGGAGCAGACCAGAUACUUUUACUUUCUGCAGAUUCGAAACGAUGUUUUCGAUGACAAUCUUAUUUUGGACAAAAAUACUAGCGUAACCUUAGCCGCAUAUUCCCUGCAAGCCGAAGAAGGCGACUACGAUCCGGAAAAACACACCGUGGAUUUCUUACGUCACUUUUACCUCUUUCCCAAUUCCAUGGCGAACGACGAAAUCUAUCUGAUCGAAAAGGCUAUUGAUGCAUACAAACAACUGACGGGAACUUUCAAGGGCGAUGCUGAAAUGCUCUAUCUUCAAAUUUGCGAAGGACUGGAAGGAUACGCCGAGGAACAUACUCCAGUUCAAGAUGCCUCUGGAAAGCGAAUCUCCAUCGGAUCGAGCUUCGAAGGCGUCAUAGAAAAGUCAGACGUGGAAAGAACCUUCAAAUGGGAAACCGUCAAAAAAGUCGAUUUUCGCGGCUCAACUCUUGCCCUAAGAUUGGUCAACGAACCCUCCCCGCUGCAGUACUUUCUGGACGAUUCUGACUUCACAAAAUACACGGCGAAACUCUUUCACGCUAGAAUCGGCUUCUACAACGAAAAUCCCGAAGCGACGAAACCAAUUCAAGGCGAUCGACAACUGAAGAGCGAGUAUCAACUAGAACGUCGACCAACAUUGAGGAAAAAUCAACAAGUUCAUUUGAGAGACCAAGCUGUAGACAACGAACAAGUCCAAAACUCUGUUGGCAACUCUUUGGCAAGUCUCAAUUCUGUUCAAAGCCCUCCUACUUACGUCUCUCCGCCAGACUACAAAGACGCUUGCCGCCAAAGAGCAGUUCAUAUUCAACGACCUCAAAGUCUCAGAUCGAACCAAAAUCACUACCAAACCCGGUUCGAGAAAACGCGCAAAAGACUUGGAAACAAGCAGCGACCACAAUCGAUGGUGGAUACGCAUAAUCGCUACAGAAAACAAGGACAGAUGUAUAACAGACCUCAAUACGACGAUUCUGUGGCCAUUUCUUCGCCUGAUCUCGUGACUCAAAACCUUAUGUCAACGUCCGAAAGAAACCUCCCAACGAACACCAACGGACAGUCAAGUCGACAUGCUCACAACACUGGAUUCAACUACCAUGGCUUGCAGCGCUAUUCUGAGUUUUCGACUUCGACUCCAGAACAUCUGCACAAAUUCAGCGGCUUUUCCGUCUCCCCUAACUUCGCCUCAAUCGAUGCCGGGCCAGUUUUUGUACCUAAGACUCCAACUCCAACACAGCCUGCUAAACCCCAACCACCAACGCUACCUUCAUACGAAGAAUACACAAGCUCUCAAAGAAGCCUGAAUCAAGAGGGCCUCGGCUCGCGCUCACGGCUGCAUCUCGCUGUCACACAACAAGCUCGUUAUAAUAUGUAUCCCGCUGCCGCUCAAAACGCUAGAUAUAUUUCUAAAUCAAAAAAUAGCCUCUACGAUGUCGAAGAAGCACCGCCAAUGGCAAUGGGUCUUGGAUCCUCUUAUGAAGGCCUAAGCAUGCGGGAUCAAAACCAAAACGUAGUGAACAACCUUCCUCCUCCAGACUUCCAGAGCUAUUCCCAAAUGACUCAGUCUCGCGUUCCACCGCGCAUCCAACCGAGCAUCCGCAAAGUGCCAACUUACGAAGAAUACGUCUCCCGAGCGAAACAAUGGAACCCCGAGAACAUUCUACCAGCAAAGCCAGACUUUGAACUAGGCAAAGCGAAGCCGGAACUAAUUCAUGGAAAAACAAUGUCUGUGACUUCGUCGCAAACGAUGGUCGUUGUCCCCGAUGAAGAAGGACAGCAUGAACUGGCAGUGAAGAAUGUUGUCGAUGGUGGACUAAAGACUCUUGAAGUGAAGAAAAAAACUAUUCUAACGGAGCAAAUGAUGACGAACGAGGGCAUUUACCAAGGGCCGGCAGAUGUGGCGGAAAUGGUGAAAAACUCGAAAGAAAGCUCAAAAGAGAGUUCUCCACAGAUUUCCUCACUCGACGGGGUGGAACAAAAGUUAACCUCAGAAGCGGAAUUACGCCACGAGUUCGCAUCAAUCAAAAGCGACCAGUUUGCUCAGAAAACGGCGCGAGUGUCUGUACCUUUUGAUGGAUUAGACCACCAAUUUUUGUGUCUGACAACGCCGAAAACAAAGGAUGACAUUCAUGAUUUCUGGAAGACUGUUUGGAGGGAGAAAUCGACGAUUAUUAUUCAUUUAUCUGGUGCAGUCGAUUAUGCGAAUGAGGAUAUCAUCAACGGAGAGUAUGAAAUUAGAAAUCGUAUUCAACCGAUCGAAGAUGCCUCGAUAAUCUCUCGCCAACUCAACGUCUUCCGCAAAUUCACCUCCCGCGAGUCCAAAAAACGAAAGCUCUAUUAUUUUCAAGUAGUUCCAAUCUUCGAUCAUUCUGGCCGCCCUUUUCCUACCUCAAUCCAAAGCUUCUGUGAUGUCGAUGAUGAGUUGAGCAAAAUUUUCAACCUCAAGCGCCGCAAAUACCCCGUCACGAUUGUGUCUGAUAAUGUAGAGCUGUUUUCUGGAGCGUUUGUUCUUUCCAGACUCGUCCGAUUCGGAGCCUAUUAUUCCCAAGUUCCACCGAAAGUCAAUGAGCUUCUUACAUCCAUCCGAAAAUCCAACUCCAACUAUGUUCCCUACUUCGAACAGUACGAAUUCGUCUACCGCCUUCUUGCACACUCCCUCCAAAAGUUUCGACUUAUUUAA